UACUAUUUUCUUUAUUGAAGUGUAGUAAUGUUGUUUGGAGAAAAUAAGAAGGAAAAUAGGACCAAUUUAGGAGUUAAUGCCGAUGUGAAGUUAAUUAUGAGAACAAAAUGGAGAACGGAAAAGAGUAACACAGAAGGGUCGAGUAAGUGGUUUUAUUGGAUAAACUAUGGUUUCUUUUAUGUGAAGGGUGUUUUUGAAAUAUUUGCAGUUAUGUGGGGCUUCCAUGUGAUUGACCUGAUAAUGAAAGAACAGAAACUAGUACUUAAAUUUGAAUUGGAUAUGAUCAUCAAUUGUUUCAUUUUUGUCCUCUGCCCUUAUUCACCGAACCUUUCGUGCAGGUGUAUUUGCUUGCUAAGACGUCCGUGUUUAAGUUUUUUGUAGAUGAAAUUCUUGAAUAAAGGACAUUUUUUAUUUAAGAAAUGCAUAUUACGUAAGAACUUCACUUAGUGUUGCGGUAAAUGGUACCAGAAAUUCUUGGUUCACUAUUGCAUCAUUGCUCUAAGACCAAGGCAUUCCGUUAUGGCCUCUCUCUUCAUGCUGCGGCGAUCAAGUCAGGCUUGCGAGAUGACGUUGUCAUAUCCAAUCACAUCCUCAACAUGUAUGCCAAGUGUGGAAAUAUCAACUUUGCCAGUCAAGUUUUUAAUGAGAUGUCCGAGAGAAAUCUCGUUACCUGGUCAGCCAUGAUCUCUGGUUAUAGCCAAGACGGGAAGCAUCUCAUGGCUAUCAACCUUUACUCCCAAAUGACACUAGAGCCCAAUGAAUUUGUCCUUGCUAGUGCUCUUAGUUCAUGUUCUAACCUCUUGGCCCUGAAACUUGGUAGACAAAUACACGCCCAGUCUAUCAAAUUAGGCUGUUCGUCCAUUUCAUUUGUGUCCAACUCUCUGAUAUCGAUGUACAUGAAAAAUGGUCAAUGUGGUGAUGCUCUUUCGGUUUUUGCAAGAACACCUAACCUAACUGAUGUCUCUUACAACGCAAUUAUAAUGGGUUUGGUAGAAAGUAGUCAAAGAGAGAAAGCAUUUGAAGUCUAUAAGUGUAUGUGCCGACAAGGGUUGGUGCCGGACUGCUUCACCUUUGUGGGCUUAUUAGGAACCUGCAAUUCUGCAGAUGUUUUGGGGAAAGGAAUACAAUUGCAUAGCCAAACGAUGAAGCUCAAACUUGACGGGACUGCCUUUAUAGGCAAUGUAAUAAUGAUAAUGUACUCAAAUAUAAACUUGUUAGAUGAAGCUGAAAAGGUUUUCAGAUCAAUCAAAGAGAAAGAUGUCAUUUCAUGGAAUACUCUCGUUGCUGCUUGUUCUCGUUGUGACGAUCAUUCGAAAGCAUUGGGCGUUUUUAGAGAGAUGUUGGAGUAUUUUGAUGGAAGGCCUGAUGAGUUUACCUAUGCUAGUGUGCUUUCUGCAUCUGCUGGCAUGGGUUCUAUGCAAUUUGGGAGGCAAAUACAUGCAAAUAUUAUUAGAACAAGCUCAAGUGUAGAUAUUGGUGUUGGCAAUGCACUUGUGAACAUGUAUGCUAAAUGUGGCUGUAUUCAGUAUGCAUAUACAGCUUUUAGGCUAAUGACUUGUCAUAAUCUUGUUUCAUGGAAUAGUGUCAUUGCUGGAUUUGCUAACCAUGGCCAUGGAAAAGAAGUUAUAAAAUUGUUCGAGGAGAUGAAGAGUGUCGGUUUAAAACCUGAUUCUGUCACAUUUCUUGGACUUCUAAUCGCUUGCAAUCAUGCAGGGCUUGUAGAUGAGGGCCUAGAUUACUUCAAUACCAUGAACGAGAUUUAUGGGGUUACUCCUGAUAUUGAACAUUUCUCUUGCCUCAUUGAUCUACUAGGACGAGCUGGGAGACUGAAAGAUGCUGAAGAAUACAUGCAAAGAUACCCUUUUGGGCAUGAUCCAGUUGUUUUAGGUUGCUUACUUUCAGCUUGUCGGCUGCAUGGUGAUGUUAUAAUAGGGGAAAGAAUGGCUAAAAAGCUCCUACAGCUUCGGCCAGUUUCAACUUCACCUUAUGUUUUGUUAUCAAACUUGUAUGCUUCAGACGAGAAGUGGGAUAGUGUAGCAGAGGCAAGAAAAAUGUUAAAGGGCUGUGGUUUAAAGAAGGAGGCUGGUCAUAGUCUCAUUGAAGUGAAGGGAUCUGUUGAAAAGUUCACAAUUGGCGAUUUCUCUAAUUCAAGGAUCGAGGAAAUCAUGAAAGUGCUUGGUGCUUUAGGCUGUGGAUGGGAUGAAGAAACUUUUCUCCUUGAUUCAGCAUAAAAAAGGAGUUUUGUUCCUCAUUCCACUCCUUCAGCACUAUUGCAACAGCUCGGUAUGCCUAUUGUUCUGUUUUGGUUUUCUGUACAUGCUGGAACAGAAGAAGCGUAUCAGACAUGUUCGUGUGCAGUUGUAUGGAGGGGAGUGGUCGCGGUCUGUUUAAUCUGAUGUUUUUUGGAACUUUAAACUCGGCAUGCAUGAAGAGCUUCUGAAAUGACAGAUUUUACUGAACUAACAAAAGUGGCUUCAUGAUGUAAUUGGAAGGCUUGGUUUUCGAGCUGUUGUUCUGGAGAUUAAUUUGAAACUGCUUAGGUAACAGCUGAUUUUGUGCCCUCAUUCUUUAGGGAUAGAUUUGGCAUUAUGAUACAACUGACAGAAAUUUGCCGCUAAAACUGCAAGAAAAAUCCUAAGUUCUUUGACCUUUCUGUUUCAGGUAUGAAUCUGGUAGAACGAAUAAAAUGUUUUUAUCUUUUUGAAACUAGUUUUCUCUAUUGAGAUCCAGUUGUCCUUUCCCUGCAUUCCAUACUUGAAUUCCUAGCAUCUUAUGUAUAUUUAGAAAUACCUUUGACAGACUGAACGAAAUGAGAUUUGCUUUUGAAAUUUGAUUCUUUUCUGUGACUAUCAACUUUGAGCUAGAAAUAAGCUCUAAGCAUGUAUACUUUUCCAGGUCGCAUAGGAAUAGUAUAUGUUUCAUAUC